GUUUGCCGAAGAGUCUUGCGGAGCCGGGGCUGAAAACGACAGCGUUGAUUUAAGAAGCGAGCUUGGACUGGUGUGGGGGGGGCGGGAAAGCUGCUGUUGGAUUCGAAGGCGUUGUAGCCAUGGGAGUGGAAGUCGAGACCAUUUCUCCGGGAGACGGAAGGACUUUUCCAAAGAAAGGCCAAACAUGUGUAGUCCAUUACACGGGAAUGCUGCAGAAUGGAAAGAAGUUUGAUUCCUCCCGAGAUCGAAACAAGCCUUUCAGGUUCAAGGUUGGUAGACAAGAGGUCAUUAAAGGAUUUGAAGAAGGAGCUGCACAGAUGAGCCUCGGACAAAGGGCAAAGCUAACCUGUACACCUGAUAUGGCAUAUGGAACAACAGGCCAUCCUGGAGUUAUCCCACCAAAUGCUACAUUGAUUUUUGAUGUGGAGCUGCUCAGGAUAGAAUGAAAUUUGGACUAGUAAUUAGAAAAAAAUCUGUUAAUCAGUGCUCUUUCCCCAUUCUCUUUAAUGGAAGAAAUCUCACUGAAAUUUCUAUCUUCACUCAAGUUGUCAUGCCAAUAAUGCUUAUGAAGUUGUUUUCCCUACUUCCUUUCCCUUUUUUUUUAAAAAAAAACAAAACUGAUUAUUGGUAUUUGUUCAGUUAGUUGCUUCUUUGCUAUGGAAGUUGUACAUUUUAUUUUGCACGUGAAGCUUCAAAAUUGUGAUUAGAAUUAUAUAUAUAAUUGAAAGUUAUACUGUAUACAGAUUUUACUUAUUGAACAAUCACUGCCUUAUAAUCCAUAAAGGAACAUCGGUGCUCAGAAAACAAGUGUACGCCAUGUACACAAGUGGGCAUUAGCCAAACCAAGUUACCUGCGCUGCCACUUUUUUCUCAAGCUGUUCCACUUGCAGCUGUUUUAAUUAACACAUCAUGUGAAAACUUUCCAGAAAAAUAAAAUAUUGAUAUUUUA